ACCCAAUGAGCAGUCUGCGCUGCGCCGGGAGGACCAGCCAUUUUACUUAUGGAAAACAGUGUGGCAUAUUCUGCUGAGCUUACCCCUGCAAGAGCGUUUUUUUUUGUUUUUGUUUUUUUUUUAAACAUCUAUUGGCCGGGGGCAUGUUGGUGUACAAUUAUGACCGCCACGCAUGCCUGCAGGAGGCCGCGUGCACCGGCUGCUGACUGCAGUUGCAAUUAGCUGAUUGGAGAAGGUGGAAUGCAGGGCGCAUCUGCAUAUCUGCUCUCGGGCGGCAGAAAGGGGUUUUGUCUGGUGAAGGCGAGCCUCCUCUGCCUGCACUGUCAUCUCCGCGGCUCUCCCUCAGCUCCCUCCCCUGAAAACUAAGGAUCCAAAGGCAGGGUGUUGCCUUCAGCUAACUGUGUGCUCCCGGGGCGGCGCAAGUGUGGCGGGUCUGAAAAAGCAGGUGUGUGCCUGCGGCCGCUGGACUGGAACGCAGGGGACGCGCUCUGGGUUACCUGCUUCCUGGUAGCAGAUUGCUGGCUCCCCAGGACAUCUGCCUGCACGGCGGAGGCCGAGCUGGCGAGAGGGCUUCGCGGCCAUCCCACUAGACGGACAGAGACACUUGGAUUGGACUUAAUUUUAAACCUUUGGAGUUCAAGACCUUUUAAAAAGGGCUAAAUAAACAAUCUCUGCAUGUAAAAGGCCACUGCCUCCUACUUCCUCUGUUUAGAACAACUGUUGAACUCAGCUGCCUGUAGAACCAGACUAGGACAGACUCAUAUACCGUUCUGAUCUGGGUGCAUUUCUUCGGAAGGUAUGCCGUCCUCGUGGGGGAGCAGCCUCUGCCGGGCCUGGUGCUGACAAGGCUGGGAAGGGACUGAAUACGUGUGCGAAAGAUUGCUCAGUGAGACGGAGAAAAUCAGGAAAACUGAAGACUUUAAAAACAAACCCUCCAAGGUCAAAAUGAAUACAGAUAGCGGUGGGUGUUCCCGCAAACGUGCCGCCAUGUCGGUCACCUUAACAUCUGUGAAGAGAGUGCAAAGUUCUCCAAACCUCUUGGCUGCAGGACGUGAUUCUCAGUCACCAGACUCAGCUUGGAGGUCUUACAAUGAUCGAAAUCAAGAGGCACUGAACGGAGAUGCUACGUAUUCCUCUCUUGCAGCAAAAGGUUUUAGAAGCGUUCGACCAAACCUACAAGAUAAAAGAUCACCGUCUCAGAGCCAGAUAACAGUGAAUGGAAACUCUGGAGGUGCUGUGAGUCCCAUGAGUUACUAUCAAAGGCCAUUUUCCCCCUCGGCGUACUCCCUCCCGGCCUCACUCAACUCCAGCCUUAUCAUGCAGCAUGGCAGAUCCCUCGAUUCCGCAGAGACAUAUCCCCAGCAUGCGCAGUCUCUGGACGGCACCGCAGGCCCCCUGUACAGGUCCUCAGAGGAGGAGAAGAGAGUGACAGUCAUCAAAGCCCCGCACUACCCGGGCAUCGGGCCGGUGGAUGAAUCCGGAAUCCCCACGGCAAUCAGAACGACGGUGGACCGGCCUAAGGACUGGUACAAGACGAUGUUUAAGCAAAUCCACAUGGUGCACAAGCGGGAUGAUGACCUGGACAUGUAUAAUACUCCUUAUACAUAUAAUGCAGGUCUGUACAACCCACCCUACGGGGCACAGUCACACCCCGCCGCAAAGACCCAGACCUACAGACCUCUUUCCAAAAGCCACUCUGACAAUGGCACCAACGCCUUUAAGGACGCAUCCUCGCCAGUGCCUCCCCCACAUGUGCCACCUCCUGUCCCACCGCUUCGACCAAGAGAUCGGUCUUCAACAGAAAAGCAUGACUGGGAUCCUCCAGACAGAAAAGUGGACACAAGAAAAUUCCGGUCUGAGCCAAGAAGUAUUUUUGAAUAUGAACCGGGCAAGUCAUCAGUUCUGCAGCAUGAAAGACCAGCCUCCUUAUAUCAGUCCUCUAUAGACAGAAGCCUGGAAAGACCCACUAGUUCUGCAAGCAUGGCCAGUGACUUCAGGAAACGAAGGAAGAGUGAGCCCGCAGUGGGGCCGCCGAGGGGCCUGGGAGACCAGAAUGCAAGCAGGGGCAGCCCGGGUCGGGCAGACCUGCCAGGAUCAAGUGCCACCCUUACAAAGUCUUUCAUUAGCUCUUCUCCUUCUUCCCCCUCGAGAGCAAAGGGUGAGGAUGCUAGCAAAAUGUGUCCAUCCCUUUGCAGUUACUCAGGGCUCAACGGCCACCCCUGCAGUGAGUUAGAUUACUGUAGCAAUUACAGACGGCACCUGGACGUCCCGAGGGACUCCCAAAGGGCCAUUACUUUCAAGAACGGCUGGCAAAUGGCCCGGCAAAAUGCAGAAAUUUGGAGCAGCACCGAAGAAAAUGUUUCCCCCAAAAUCAAAUCCCGGAGCUGCGAUGAUCUCCUAGAUGGUGACUGUGACAGCUUCCCGGACCCGAAAACCAAGUCGGAAAGCCUGGGCUCCCUGCUGUGUGAGGAGGACCCCCAGGAGAGCUGCCCCAUCCCCUGGGCGUCCCCCUACAUCCAGGAGGGUCGCAGCAAUGGCAGGUCAAGGGUCAGACACAGGUCAGCCCACAACGCUCCUGGCUUCCUAAAGAUGUACAAGAAGAUGCAUCGAAUUAACCGCAAGGACCUGAUGACCUCGGAGGUGAUUUGCUCGGUGAAGUCCAGGAUCCUACAGUAUGAACGGGAGCGACAGCACUCCAGCCUGCUGUCCAGCUGGAGCCAGUCGUCCACUGAGGAGGUGCCCAGGGACAUGGUGCCCACCCGCAUCUCCGAAUUUGAAAAGUUGAUCCAAAAGUCAAAAUCCAUGCCAAAUUUAGGGGACGACAUGUUGUCACCUGUAACCCUAGAGCCACAACAAAAUGGUUUGUGUCCCAGGAGGCGAUUUUCCAUCGAGUCUUUGCUGGAGGAAGAAAAUCAAAGCAGGCGCCCUUCUCAGGUCCCACUCAGCUGCACAUCCAAAGACCUGGUGCCCAUUCAUAUCGAGGUCACCAGCGAUGAGCAGCCGAGACCGCACGUGGAAUUUUCUGACAGCGACCAAGACGGGGUCGUGUCUGACCACAGCGACUAUGUUCAUGUGGAAGGCUCAUCCUUCUGCAGUGAAAGCGACUUCGAUCACUUUUCCUUCACAUCCUCUGAGAGUUUUUACGGGUCCAGCCACCACCAUCAUCACCAUCACCACCACCAUCACCGGCACCUCUUCAGCUCCUGCAAAGGCAGGUGUCCUGCCUCCUACACUCGCUUCACCACCAUGUUGAAACACGAGAGAGCCAGGCACGAACACGCCCCCACCGAGGAGCCUGGGAGACAGGACAUGGACCCUGGCCUCUCUAAACUUGCUUUUCUAGUGAGUCCUGUGCCUUUCCGGAGGAAAAAAAAUUCAACUCCAAGAAAACAGACUGAAAAGGCCAAAUGUAAAGCAUCCGUAUUUGAGGCCCUGGACUCAGCCCUUAAAGACAUCUGUGAUCAAAUCAAAGCUGAAAAGAGAAGGGGGAGUUUGCCAGACAACAGCAUCCUGCACCGUCUCAUCAGCGAGCUGCUUCCAGACAUUCCGGAGAGGAAUUCGUCCUUGCACGUGCUGAGAAGGAGCCCCAGGCACCAGCCCCUCCACCCACUGCCUGCAGAUGGUGCUACCCAUUGCUCGUCCUUCCAGCACGAAUGCGGGAGGAUCCCUCCUAGUCCCUCUUUCCAAGACAUGGACACAGCCAACAACCACUCCCACCACCAGGACCGUGACGGUGCGCUCCAAGACCGAGAGUCCCCAAGAAGUUACUCAUCCACCUUGACCGAUGUGGGGAGAAGUGUGCCAAGGGAAAGAAGAGGAACUCCAGAAAAGGAGAAAUUGCCUGCAAAAGCGGUUUAUGAUUUUAAAGCUCAGACAUCUAAGGAGUUGUCAUUUAAGAAAGGAGACACUGUCUACAUCCUCAGGAAAAUUGAUCAAAAUUGGUACGAGGGGGAGCACCACGGUAGAGUGGGCAUUUUCCCAAUCUCCUAUGUUGAGAAGCUCACACCUCCUGACAAAGCACAGCCUGCAAGACCACCUCCCCCAGCCCAGCCUGGGGAAAUCGGAGAAGCAAUUGCCAAAUACAAUUUCAAUGCAGACACCAAUGUGGAGCUAUCACUGAGAAAGGGAGAUAGAGUUAUUCUUCUCAAAAGAGUUGAUCAAAACUGGUAUGAAGGUAAAAUCCCAGGCACCAACAGACAAGGCAUCUUCCCGGUUUCCUAUGUAGAGGUCGUUAGGAGGAACACAAAGGCUGCUGAGGACUACCCGGACCCUCCAAUACACCACAGCUAUUCCAGUGAUAGAAUUUACAGCUCAAGCUCAAACAAGCCACAGCGUCCUGUGUUCACUCAUGAAAACAUUCAAGGUGGGGGGGAACCGUUUCAGGCUCUGUAUAACUAUACUCCCAGGAACGAAGAUGAGCUGGAGCUUAGAGAAAGUGAUGUCAUUGAUGUGAUGGAAAAAUGUGAUGAUGGAUGGUUUGUGGGAACCUCAAGAAGAACCAAAUUCUUUGGUACUUUCCCUGGAAACUAUGUCAAGAGGCUGUGAAUCGCUCCCCUCCUGGUCUACGCUGCCUUUCAGCCUUGCGUCGUCAUACACUCACCUGACACAUCCCACAGGCCAUUGUCAUCCUGUGCCAUCACCAGGGCCACCCACCACCAAACCACCAGCAGAGUGCCCACUGCUGUGGCCUGGGAGAAACACCGGCCUCCAGGGGAAAGUGCAGAGUCCUGCUUUCUGCUGGAGACUUUGAGAAGUCAAAAUGUGGGAUCAGGAAAAAAAUCACUCUAUUUAAAAAGGGUAAAACAUUUAAGGAUUUAAAGCAAAAAAAAAAAACAGAGUCUCCGAUCUCAUGGCUGUGUCUCAACAUCUCCAGAAGAUGCUCUUCUCCCAGGCAACCUGAAGAUCGUUUAUUAGGAAAUGCUGUGGUUUGCAUUUUCACAUUUUUAGCUUGGCAGUUUAUUUUCCUUUCACGAGUUUGCCUAGUGUCUUGGUUUACACGAUAUGACAACUGUACUUCUGCUAUUGUUUGCCUGCACUUACGUAUUAUAAUAUGCACAGUGAUUACAACCUCUAAAGCCAGAGUAGGAAAGUUAAUUUGGGUGAGUGUGAUUUUGUUGACUGAAUAUGAGUUUUCAAAUAGGAGUCUUUUCCUGCAAAUUUUUUUGUACUUUUUAGAAGUGCAAAACAGCGAGUGUUUAAGAGCCUUUGGUAAUAAUCAGAAUACAAGAGGAUUAGCUAGAAUACAGUGGGGGGACAAAGCUAUUGUGUUGUAAAGUUGCAUUGCUAUUUUAUAUUAAAAUGUAAUAAUUAGCAUCAUGAGCAACUCUUAGUGUUUUAUUUAUCUGACAAAAUUUAAGUAUAAGCAGUGUUAGUGAGAGGUGCAAAGAAUUAUUCUAGCAUAGACACUUGAAAGUAUCAGUAAGCAAUACUUGUAGGUGAGAUUUCACUGUGUGUACACAUACACAUUUGCGAUUGUAUGAAAACAUAUGAUUCAUAUGAUAUGUUGUACAUUUUAUGGAAAUGUAAAAGAAGCCGCGCAUUAUUUUAUAGAAAUAGAGUAUAGAAACAUCACAAGUAUUAAGGUUGGUUUUAGCAAGGGUUAUGAUCAACACAAUUAUUUUUACUAUGAUAAUUAUUUUUCUUCUAUGGAACUCAGAAUCCUGGCUACAUUUGAGGACAGGAAUAAUGUUGAGGCUGAUUUUCCUGGUGUGUGUAAAAAUAUUUCCUAGGAAUAAAUUAGGCACUUUUUAGAGAUGAUGUUAAAUCAUUCAGGUUUUGUUUUCUGCCUUGAGGCAGAAAUUUGCAAAAUGAUAUUGGGAUCUGAAAGAUUUAAUAUGCUUACCCGUGCCUGAAUUACACAUACUCUGAGAACUAGCUUUGUAUUUCUUAUGACUUUGCAUAAGAACUGUUCAUCUUUGGAUCUUGAGCACCUUAUAGCAAAACUUUUUAUGGCAUUUUUUCCGUGGACAGUGGUUGAUCUUUUCACAAUGUACGUAGACUUCGGAAUUUUGUACAUAUGUUUGCUCUUUUUUUGUACAGACUAUUUAGUUAUUGAGAAAAUGGGAAUUUCCUAAUUUGGUCUUUAUCCUGCAUUUAAACUAAGGUAAAACAUUUUCAGCAUAUUAUCUUUACAUUGUCUCACAGAUCACAAGCACCUCUCCGUGGUGUGUUUCUGUCAGAUUGCAUUUACAUAAAAGUUGAUGAAUUUAAGGGAUUUUAGAAGCCAAAUUAAAAUGCACAUAAGUACCGAUUACAGAGAAAUUUCAUUAGGAAGAAGGUAAAGAAACAUCUUUGAGUAGCCUGCCUUGAUCACUGUCAAGUUCACAACCAGCUUUAUAUUUUAAAGGCUUUGGGUUUGAAAUUAAGUCAACUGCAUGCAGCUUUGCUGAUAAAUGAAUAAUUCUGUCUGAUGCCAUUUAUGAGAAAAGACUUCAAUAUCCGUUGCCUGUCAUAUUUAAGAAAAUUACUGUUUCUACUUCUGUAUCUGAUUUUAAAAGAAAAAAUAUUCAGACCUGGCUUUCAGGUAUUUAACUUUGAAUUCUUACAAGCAAAGGUCAUUGUGUUUUUUCUUGAAUAGACAUAUCUAAUAAAUUUUGCUUGGAAGUAUA